CCCACCUCUUCAUUUCUUUCCACCGAUCAUUGUAUAGUGGAAGCACAAAAUAUCUUGUUGAAUAUUAUUACCAGACCCACUAUUACCAGACCCAUUAAGGCAUGUAGCUCACUACACCUAUUUAAAUCCUCUGUUUUCUUCCUUCUCCAAGCCAGUACCAUCUUCCUUUACUUAUCUUCACCAUGGCCAAAAUCCUCCAAAACCUCACUUCCAGCUUCCUCAUUCUCUCAGUAGUUCUCUCAUUCUUGAUCAUUGCCAAUGCAAAAUCUCAACGUUUCACCAGAUACUUAUCACCCGCAACACUAGGCCUCAAGAAAGAGAAACUAAGCCACCUUCACUUCUAUUUCCAUGACAUAGUUAGUGGAAAAAAUCCCACUGCGGUCCGAAUAGCCCGUGCAGACAUGACAAACACAUCUUCAACAGGAUUUGGAAUGGUGGCGAUGAUUGAUGACCCCUUGACCAUGACGCCUGAACUCAGCUCCAAGCUUGUAGGAAGAGCACAAGGGAUUUAUGCAUCAGCUUCUCAAAAUGAUAUUGGUUUGUUAAUGACUAUGAAUUUUGUUUUCAUGGAAGGGAAGUACAAUGGAAGCACUCUCAGUGUUUUGGGACGUAAUAGUGUGCUCUCCACUGUUAGAGAGAUGCCGAUUGUCGGUGGAAGUGGCCUUUUCCGAUUUGCACGGGGCUAUGCUCAGGCCAGUACUCACAUGUUUGAUAGUACAACCGGUGAUGCUGUUGUGGAGUACAAUGUCUAUGUCUUUCAUUAUUAAGUGCCUUCUAGCUGCUGAGGAUUCCCUUUUUUUCACUCAGACUUUGCUAGAACUUAGAAAGUGAUUAAUAAAAGAAAAACUGCUAUCACCUAUAGAUGGUCUAGACAGAGAUUUGCUGACAACUUUUUUUCCCCAUAUCACUAGCUAUUGUUUUGGUUUCUUUACAGUUAUUUGAUAUGUAAGUUGAUUUGUAAUUCUUGUCUGAGUAUUUUUCAAGCAUCUAAUGAUAUAUCCUCCUUAAUCCAAGAUGUUCU